AUGGGCAAAGAGCAGUUCCGAGCUCGGACCGGGUGUCUCACGUGUCGGGACAGGCAUAUCAAAUGCGACGAAGCAUUGCCCAAGUGUAAAAACUGCUGCAAAUCCAACCGGCUCUGUGAGAGAGGGAUCCGUCUGAAUUUCAUCGACACUCAGACAUCCACGUCGCAGCCUCUCACAGAUCUACCCCCAGGCACCCAGCUGAAGUUCCAUGACGAGUCGCGAGCCAUCGCGUCGGGGUACGCUGUUGGCCCGCAGAAGGAGAAACAUGUUCAUACCUCGCACACGGAGCCUACACCGCAGACAGAGCUACCCCAAGCGGUCUUAUCGAAAGAUGGCCCACAUGCAAUACCGCCCAUGAAGAUCGCGUCUUCUGCAGAGCAGGCCGCGCUCGUUUCAGCACAGUGCAGCCCCUUGCCCUCAUUGCGGCUUAUCACCGACCAUGAUGAGGGUUUGCUGAUGGAGAUAUUCCUCGGGAAGGUGGCCCCUUGGAUGGACUGCCUGGUCGCGAGCAAACCCUUCACAAAUAUCGCGCCCUUUUACGCUCUGAGCCAUCCAGCACUUUACAGUAUGGUAAUGGCUUGCGGGGAGAGAUAUUUGAUGCCUACCGAGGAAUCCCUUUACUAUAGAAAGGCAUGCCAGGGACUUCAGCUCGAGACAGCCAAGCCCAAUGAUGACCAUCUCCUGUGUGUGACCAUUUCAGCUUUGCUACAUGCAUAUGAAAUUAUGGGUGACGGGGCCAACGAAGGCCACUCGGAUCGCACGCCAGCUUUGAUUGGAAAAGCCGACCUCAGCGGCGGAAAUUCAGGUCUGGCUGGGGCCUGCUUUUGGUCAUAUAAUCUCAAUUCUGUCCUAGAUAGUCUCGUUCGCGAGUCGAGGCUGACGUGCGAUGCCGAUAGAAUGAAGAUGGUACUGAACACGGACCAAGGUACAGGUACUAACAACGGUAUAUUUUACUGCGACGAAGACCGAUGGGCUUACCGGAUGGUGUCCAUAUGUGCCAAGGUUGCCGCACUUCACACAGAGGUGGCCCAGGGCACAUAUAACCAUUCAUGUCACCGUCUCCACCAGGACUGUGAGCAGUACAAGGGUUGGUGCGACGAGUGGGCCAGUAAUGUACCGAGAUCGAUGAUGCCCCUGUGCUACAUCCCACCCCCAGAUCAAAAUUCGUCAUUACCAACUACAACCCACUUCCCUCAGGUCUUGUUCGUCGGGUCCUCGUCGACGGUCGCGCGCCUGCUUUACCACGUGUCGUGCUUGCUGCUUGCCAGGAUCCAAGUAACCGGAAGCUCAGACGAGGCGCAAGAAGCCCAGCGCAGACAGACAAGGCACGCUAUGGAUAUAUGCGGGAUUGCUUCGCAGAGUGAAGAUAAGUACGGGACCCUAUUCCUUGACGAAAGCGCAUGA